AUGAACUUCAACAAAGAGAAAGAUCUGAUUAUUGGGUUGGCAAUAAUAAAAAAUAGAAGACCAGAACUCUGGAAACAGGUUCAAAACUUUAGGAAACAGAAAAUAAAUUCUUUGCUAAUUGAUGGGUAUAACGUUUAUCACCAAUAUGAUACCAGGGAAAGUUUGAGAGAUUCCCUUGAUCUACCUCCAUUAGAAUAUUUAAAAAAGACUUCGAUGUUUUGUGAAUUAGAGCCAAUACAUCAUUAUUUAAGUUACAAGACACAUUCGAAGUUAUCGAAUGAACUUAAAACAAUAAAUUCCUUUAGUGAAGGUUUAAACCACAAUGACAUUAUAAGAUGGAUAUUGCCCCUUUAUAAAUCGUUUCUGUGCUGUUUAUGUUAUUCGCAAUCAAGUUCAAAUGAAUAUGAGCAAAUUGAGAGGAUAUUAGAAUGUGUUCAACUUAUGAUGAUCUCAUAUUGUUCCAAAAUUGAGAAUUUUACAAACUUUAGGUUUAUCAUUGAGACUCUUUUUUAUAAGCUAUUAUCGUUUGAAAUUUCUCAAAAUUUGAAAACAGAUGAGUUAAAAGGUCUUAAACUGACACUUUACACUUUUCUGAAAAAACAAGGUAAGCUAAAUGACAGUUUUGGAAAAAAUUUGUAUUUUAAAUUUCAUUUAUCUACCAUAGUAAAAACCAUUAAUUUAUUGUUAACCAAUUGCAAGAAAUCUUUAAUUAAGCUACAAGAGGAACAAAUCAACAUGAUCGUAACUAAUGUUCGUAAGAUUGUUGAAACAUUAACAUCAUUGUUAAGUUUAUUCAAUGAAAUUAAGCCAAGAAAACCAAACCUCAAACAAGCUUCUAAGUAUGCAUAUUGCACAAUGUAUAAAAAUCGAAAUAUGGUGAUUUCAAGAAGACAUUAUCGUAGAUUUGAGAAUGUUUUUCUCUCCCUAAAAAUGACUGUAAAGGAACAAAUUCAAUUUCUCAAAUAUUUAUGUUGUGAAAUGGUAUCAUCACUAUCAAGACUUAAUUGGAAAAUCAUUAAUAUAUAUUUGACAGAGGAACAUCGAAAUAAAUUAUUAAGGACAAAAUACGAAAUUUUGGCAUUGGCUCUGAUGGCACAAGAUCCAGAUAUGAUAGUAAAAAUUAGAACUGAAAAAUACAUAGUAUUAGACUAG